AUGAUGAGAGCCACAUCUGACAUAUUGUCUGAUUGUCUCAUUCACAAAAUACUCUCUUUUCUUAGUUUUAAAGAAGCCACCAAGAUGAGCAUUCUCUCCAAAACAUGGUUACGAGCCUGGUCGACUCAUCCCAAUUUGGAAUUCAAAGUUGAUUAUCUUAAUGACAAUAUGAAAAAAGUGGAUAGUAUCAUGGAGAGAUAUCACGAUGGAAAAAUCCCUAUAGAAAGGUUUGAAUUAUCUGACUCUAGUUAUUCCCAAGAAAUUUUUCCUUUGUUUGAUAAGUGGCUUCACAUUGCUCUUCAGAAUGGUGUAAAAGAUAUCAUCUUUGGAGUUCCUCGCUAUACAUCAUACACCUUACCUAUUUUCACAAUCUUUGCAGCGAAAUCUUUAAGAGAAUUGGUUCUGAAUGGUUUUAAUUUGAAGCGUGUUCCGUUAUCUAGUGAUGUGGUGAACUACAAUUCGUUGAGAAAGCUUUCUCUUUCUUAUAUAAGUUUAGACGAUAACAUGCUCCAGACUCUACUUAAUAAAUGUUCAUUGAUUGUCAGUCUCGUCCUAGAGCAUUGUUUUGGGUUGGAAAAGAUUGAGUUGUUGAAUCUUCAAAGGAUCAAGUCAGUUACUAUUAAGACAUUUAGAAACCAACGUGUUAAAAUUGAAGCACCAACUCUUGAACACUUGUACUAUUUUGAUGCUGGGGAAGGGUAUCCUAUGUUGGAUAUUAUCAAUGCUCCAAAUUUGGUAUCACUAGAGUAUAUAGGAGAUCAAAUUCCUAAGACUUUUGUGGAUGCAAAUUUGCAAUGGAAUUGCCAUCCUAGAAAAGUCUUCCUUGUCACAACUAGUAAAAUGAUUUCAUGUUUUAUGGAUCGUUUAAUGAAUAUGAAGAGUUCGAGUCAUGAAAGCAGGCCUUUGCGUUGUAAAUUACAAGAAGUAACAACCUACAAAUUUGAUUGGGAAAAUCAGAACUGGCAUCCGGUAGAGUUAGAAAGUGGAAAGCUGGCUCUUUCUAGGGACAAAUUUUAUUUUUUAUUGGAUUGGUGA